GGAGUCCUGCGGCUCCGGAGAGCUUGCUUCCCAGCCUGAGAGAGGGCAAGUGGGCGGUUUAUGAUCCUGCGCUCUGCCGGGACAAGGCCAGGGUUACCUCCCUCUGCACCCAGACGGCUGGCUGUCUGCCCUCGUGGGGAAAGAUGCCUGGGAGAGGCGUAGGAUUACAGUUUGGGAUGGCAGGGACACACCGAAGAGCCCCAGUGCCUUGCUUCUGGUCUUCAAAGUCCUGACAAGUGUGCCUGAAAUGAACACCACGCUCCGUUUUUAAAACUGUAUUUAUUUUUACUUUGUAAUCUUUUGGCUGUGAAUGUCCCUGCCACAGAAACUGAGUACCAACAUGUGGCUAGGGUAAAACGUUUUUAAAAAAUGCCUCCGUCCCUCAAUUUUCCUCUUCAUUUUCAUCUGGUGACACCGAAGCAGCCUUUUGCAUAAUGCAGUGCCUGACUCUCAACAUUGUCUGAGUGAGGGAAGCAGCGGGCUCCUCCACGGACCUGGGCCGAUUUAAAGACCAGAGCUUUGUGUCUGUCGGGCUGCCCUUUGUCUCUAGCAAAUUUUGAUGUGAAAGAAGAUGAAAAAGGAAGGCUCUUCAGGUUCCUUCAGACUCAAGGCCAAUUCAGGUUCGCUCUCACGGGCUGUGAGUUGGAUAAAUUUCUCCUCCUUGUCCAGGCAGACAAAGAGGCUGUUCCGUAGUGAUGGAGAGUUGUCAGUGUGUGGGCAGCAGGUGGACGCAGACGAGAACUGGAUAUACAGGACGCAGCCCCGAAAAGCGGUUUCCAACCUAGAUGAGGAGAGCCGAUGGACAGUCCACUACACGGCCCCAUGGCACCAGCAGGAGAACGUGUUCCUGCCCAGCACAAGACCCCCAUGUGUGGAGGACCUGCACCGCCAGGCCAAGCUCAACCUCAAGUCGGUGUUGAGGGAGUGUGACAAGCUGAGGCGGGAUGGCUACCGGAGCUCUCAGUACUACUCUCAGGGACCCACCUUUGCAGCUUACCCCGGCCCACUCUGCGAUGAUUAUCACCAUGAGGACGCAGACUCUGAUCAGAAGUGUUCUGUUUCUUCAUCAGAGGAGGAAAGACUUACUGGCAUCAGGAGACCGAAAACGCCAACCUCAGCUGACUUCUCUGACCUUAAUACUCAGACAAACUGGACCAAGUCACUGCCGCUGCCAACACCGGAAGAGAAGAUGCGACAGCAAGCCCAGACGGUGCAGGCUGACGUGGUGCCCAUCAACAUAACUGGGGAGAAUUUCGAUCGCCAGGCCAGCCUUCGGCGGUCUCUAAUUUACACAGACACUCUGGUAAGACGACCGAAGAAAGUCAAAAGGAGAAAGACUAUUACAGGAGUCCCUGACAACAUACAGAAGGAGCUAGCAUCAGGCACUGGCCAAGAUGAGGCCGGUGGUCCCUCAGGGUACCCCCCAGACCACUGUUCCAUGCGAGGAAGGCUUGAUAGCUAUCACUGUGCUGGGCAGCGCUCAGAAACCAGGGACUCCGGCUGCCAGACCGAGGAUGUGAAAGUUGUGCCACCCUCGAUGAGAAGAAUCAGGGCCCACAAGGGGCUGGGCAUUGCCGCCCAGAUGAGCCCCUUCUCAGGCUCCUCCGGCAACAUGUCUGUGCUGAGCGAUCCGGCGGGUGUCACAUUCCCCUCUCGCCUCAACAGUGACGCUGGCUUCCACAGUCUUCCACGUUCUGGGGCCAGGGCCAGUGCUCACUCCCUGGGUGCCCUGGGCCCUGCAGAUGAUGUGGACAGCUCCUUCCCCUACCAGAGGGCUAACUCACAUGGAGACAACAACUUAGGACAUUUCGGAGGUGCCCCGAGGUCAGGAACAUUUUUGAGGCCCAAAUCCCAGGAGCUGAGGCACUUUGAGAGUGAGACCGUAACAAGCCCAGCGUGUAUGGUCUCCCCUCAUGCGACCUACUCCACCAGCAUCAUCCCCAAUGCCACCCUCUCGUCGUCUUCGGACAUUAUCAUUCUUCACACUGCUCAGAGUGUGGGGCCGCUCGACAGCAGAAUGACCAGCUCCUCGUACUCAAGGAUCAAACCCAGACACGGUGUGCAAGUUGGUCACCAGUCCCCCAGCCAUCACUGGAGUGACGGCCACUCCUCCAUUCAUUCACAGCCCUUCGACUCCCAUUCCCCCAGUAUCACCACACUGCUGUCCGUCUGUGGCUCAGAGGUCUCUCCCAAUGGGUCCCAAGCCAUGCCUUGUAAUUGCAGAAACACCCUGAGUUUCCCAGCCCACUCCCAGGAUGUGGACGGCAAGAGUGAGUCCAGCUCUUCCGGGGACAGAGGGCAGGGCAGUGUGGAGCCGUGGGAGCACAGGGCCUCUGGCAGUGGGCGGGUGUCACCCCUGAAGCCCCAUCUGGCUGCCCCUGGCUGCUCUACUCCCACAAGUAACCAGAGCAGCUGCAGUUUGGACCAGACAUCCACCAGAGAGGAUGCAGGCUCCCUGUGCUCCGAGGACCACGCUGCCUACUACAGGUCGGUGCACAGUGACUCGGGAUGUGGGCCUGGGAAUCUGUGCAAUAGCAGUGGUGGCUUUGAGAACCCCAGGGACAAUGUGGUCAAUGUUUUCGAUGGAAGAGCUCAGAAAAGCCAAGGGGACCAGUCAGGGUACCCUGAUAAAUCCCUUCCAAGAAACAUCUCUUUGAAGAAAGCCAAGAAGCCUCCCCUGCCGCCGUCCCGGACAGACUCUCUCCGCAGGAUUCCCAAGAAGAGUGGCCAGUCGAACGGGCAGGUGCUUAAUGAGAGCCUGAUCGCCACACUCCAGCAGUCGCUGCAGCUGAGCCUCCCGGGCAAGGGUGGCAGCUCGGCCUCGCAGAGUCCCUGCAGUGACUUCGAGGAGCCCUGGCUGCCCCGCUCCCGGAGCCAGAGCACGGUCAGCGCUGGCAGCAGCAUGACCUCCGCCACCACCCCCAAUGUGUACUCCCUGUGCGGGGUCACGCCGUCGCAGAGCGACACGAGCAGCCUCAAGUCGGAGUACACGGACCCUUGGGGCUACUACAUUGACUACACAGCUGUGCAGGAAGAGCCCGGGGACCCAGCGGGGUGUGGCUCAGCCAGCAGUGGAGCCCCUACUGGGAAUGGCCCAGUCCACCACAUCCAAGCGGAGUCCAAGGCCAUGAUGCCCCAAGUGCCGGGCAAACCAAAGGUCAUAUCGCCAGAGAAGUCCCAGAGAGUCACUUCUCCAUCCAGUGGGUAUUCCAGCCAGUCGAAUACACCCACAGCACUCACCCCCGUGCCUGUGUUUUUAAAAUCAAUGUCACCAGCCAAUGGGAAGGGGAAGGCCAAGCCCAAGGUACCAGAAAGGAAGUCUUCCCUGAUCUCUUCAGUAUCCAUGUCCUCCUCGUCCACGUCUCUGUCCUCUAAUACGUCCACCGAAGGUGGCGGCACAGUGAAGAAGCUGGAUGCUGCCCCAGCUCUGCCCUUUGCUCCUCCUCCCCUUUCUCCUGUCCCAGCCCCAUGUCCUGCAGAUAAGCCCUCCCUUCUUCCCCCACCUCCUGUAGCAGAUAGCCCCGAGUGCUCCCCUCUGCCUCACUCACCUGUGUUUCCCCCUCCACCCCCAGAAGUGCUCACCCUCUUCUGCUCCCCCACUGAUGGGUGCUGUCCCCCUCCCCCCCCUGCACUGAGCCCCUUUAUGCCAGAUGCACUGGCUUCCUCACCAGCGCCCCCACCUUUCCCACCCUUCUUGGAGCCCCCACCUGCCCCCCCUCUGGACCCCAAAUUUAUGAAACACACCAGGCCUCCUUUGAGAAAGUCUGGGCAGCCUGAAUCCUCCUGGGAGGCCCUCAGGCCAUCUCCGAACAAGGAGGAGAGUGGCAGGCCUCCCAUGCCCCUCAUCACCACGGAAGCACUGCAGAUGGUACAGUUGAGGCCCGUGAGAAAGGGCUCAGGCGCCGAAGUGGCACUGUCGCCUGAACCAACAGCUCAGGAACAACGAACUCCGACUGCUCUGCAAUAUCACUUAAAGCCAUCUGCUCUCCUGAAAUCCCGAAAUAGCAUAAAUGAAAUGGAGAGUGAAAGCCAGCCUGCCUCUGCAACUAGCUCGCUUCCGACGCCUGCCAAGAGCCAGAGUCAGGGUGACCGUGACAGUGCAGCCGAGCAUGGCGGUCCUGCGAGCUGCAGCUAUGGAGCGCCACGUCCUGGGCCAGGCUCCAGGGAAGCAGAGUCUGGGCCUGGCCUCAGGACCACCCCACUCCCAGACUCUUCACCCAUCAGGAAGCCGCCCCCCAUCUCCAGAAAGCCCAGACUGUUCCUGGUGGUGCCACCUCCACAGAGAGAUUUGGAAGCGGAGCCCUCGGAGAAUGGGAGUGAAGCCCUCCGAGCUGUGCCCAGCUCCACCAGGGCAGAGGAGGGCUCCGCGCACAGCAACGAGGCGAAAGGGGGUUUUGCAGCCCAAGCCAGUCCUCACGCCACGGACCCCAGCAGCUUGGUUUUGGAGGGAGGAGCUGCAGGGUUCGUGGAAACCAAUGCCCCCAUGGUACAGCCUGAUGCCUCACCAGCCCCCACGCAGGCAGAGCCAGCCGGGGACGGCGCAGAUGGUGGGGGCAGUGCAGAGAGCUGCCCUUCUCAACAGGAUGGAGAAGCUGGGGUGCAGGAGACGCACUCAGCCGAUCCCUCCUCGGAAGCUUGUGACGCCUUCAACAAAGAUGACGUCGAGGAGGUGACGACCCCCACGAGACCCAGGACCACCGAAGACCUUUUUGCAGCUAUUCACAGAUCCAAAAGGAAAGUUCUUGGCCGGAAAGACUCGGAGGACGACCACUCGCGAAACCACUCUCCCUCGCCGCCGGUAACCCCCACGGGCGCCGCCCCCAGCCUGGCCUCCCCCAAGCAGGUGGGGUCGAUCCAGAGGAGCGUGCGCAAGAGCAGCACCAGCAGCGACAACUUCAAAGCCCUGCUGCUCAAGAAGGGCAGCCGCUCAGACGCCAGCGCCCGCAUGUCGGCGGCCGAGAUGCUCAGGCACACGGACCCGCGGUUCCAGAGGUCCAGGUCGGAGCCCGCGCCCGACACCCCCGAGAGCCCGUCCAGCUGCUCGCCCAGCAAGAGCCGCCGGGCGCAAGAGGAGUGGGCGCGGAGCGAGGGCCCCAUGCCGCGCAGCCUGUCCUUCUCGGGGCCCCGCUACGGCCGCAGCCGGACGCCGCCCUCCGCCGCCAGCAGCCGCUAUAGCGUGCGGAACCGCAUCCAGAGCAGCCCGAUGACCGUCAUCUCUGAGGGCGAGGGCGAGGCAGGGGAGCCUGCGGACCCCAGGGCGCGCCGCGCCAAGCCGUGCGCUCGGGACCAGGGCGAGCAGGGUUGCGAGGAGCCGGACGCCCCCUUGCGGCCUCGGACUCCCGGGCGGGCAGAUGAGGGCGGGGACCCCUCGGAGCCCCUUGGGGGUGCUGGCUUGGAGGAGAGCUAGGGCCAGAGCCGGACUCCCGGGAGACACAGCGGAUAUGUGGGGGCGCGCGUUGCCGCUGCGCUCUGGAGCCCGCGGGCGUGGCGUCUUCCCCGGACCCUGCUGCAGGCGUUAACGGCGCCGCGGGGAUUUAGGACUCGCCGCCACUUGCCACUUGGGUGUAGCUUGAAAGCAAGUAGAAGCCUAAACUUCUGAAAGUGCUUCCUGGGGAAGAUUUUUUUCUUGCAAAAAUGGCUGGGUGUGAGUGUGGGUGUGUGGGGGGCAUUUCUAACACUUUAUUUUAACAGAUACACACACGAGCAGUAUGUACAGAAAUAGAAAGAAAGCGUUAAGUUCGGUGGAGUCAGGGAGGCUUCCAGACUAGGUGGUGAGUGCGUUCAAAGCGUGACGUUUGCAGAAACCAGCGAGCUCCCCAGAAGGGGGAGGGCUGGCGCUCAUGGACCCCGCCUGCCCUGUGCUGCUCGGUGAGGCAGGCCUGGGGUGUAGGAAGCAGUAGCGAAGGGCUAAGAGACUAAUGGGGUUCAGGUACUUUUUUCUGGGGGAAAAAGGCUUUGUUUCUUUUUUGUAAAAAUGACAAAUAUGGAAGUGGCGAUGCUAUAACUCGGUGCCUGCUGCUGUGCAGCCACAAACAUGCAACUUUUAGCCUGGAGUUUCAAAGUGGGCCGUUUUUAAAUGACUUUCCUCCUCUGGCGGCAGCCAAGCCCUUCCUGGGAACUGGUGUAGAUGUAAGAGCAGGAGGAGAAGCGAGGGAAGGGGGCUCGAGGAGGAAGUGAUACACUGCUGGGAUUUGUUUCCUGCUUAUUAAAUACAAUUAUUUUUCAGAAUUAAAUUUGAAAAAUUGCACUACAACACUGUGGGCAAAGCUUUUCCAAGGAUCUGUCUGCCUUUCUUUUCUCUUUCUUUCCUUUCUUUCCUUCCUUCCUCUCUCUCUCUUUCCUUCCUUCCUUCCCCUCUCUUUCCUUCCUUCCUUCCUUCCUUCUCUUCCUUCCUUCCUUCCUUCCUUCCCUCCCUCCCUCCCAGAGUUUAAACUUCCAUUUGGCAAUUUCUUAUCACUUGCGGUGUCAACAUUUACUAACUUUUGGAUAUUCUUUUGGCCACACCAAAGAAAAAAAUAUGGCUAUUUUGUUUUUCCUUACUGCCUGCAGUAUCAUGUCCUAAUUUAGAAAGGUUUACCAAGAUUUAUUAUAUAUUAUCUUACUUGGAAAAAAAUGCUGAAUAGCUCUUGUUAGUCAAAUAAACUGAUAAAAAAUUUGUAGGGCUUGGCUAUUAAUUAGCCCUGGGAAAUGAGUUUUUAGAUUAAAAAAAUUUUUUUGCAGUAUUUGGUUUGUGUAUUUUUAUAUUUGUUUAUAAAUGAGUUGCUAACUACCGUCUAAUCUUCUCCAGUCCAAAUUUCUGUACUUUUAGAUAUGGGAGAAAAGUGUAUAUUUAUUUUAACGUAAUAUUUUUAUGAUUCUCACUCUCUUCCGUCUUCUGUGUACUUAAACCAGAGAGUCCUGUCUUCAUCAUCAGAAGGACCUACGAUGACUGUAGUGAGAGCCUUAGUUUAGACCUGGUGCGACUUUUGUCUCAUGCCAUCUGUUUUGAUAUGAAAAUAUCACCUGAAUGUGGGACUGCACAGGUCAAAGCAUCAUAAAGCUUAUGAAAUAAAACUUCUGAUGAGUUAAGUCUCUUUUCCUUCUCUGAGGAAAACAAAACCUUCCCUUUUAUGUAGGACCUGAUGUCUGACCACAGGUACAAGGGCUUCUAUACUUUGGGGCAGUUGUCUACAACAUGGGACACACAGAUCAUUUCUUGUGAUUUUUAGAAAAAUAGUGUUAGCUUUUGAAUAUGAAGUUUUCCCACAGCUACCUUAAAAAGAUUAGAAUGUAUAUGGCUAUCAGAAAUUUUGAACUUAAUAUAUGUCAUUUAUUUGAAGAUUAGAUAAGCAACAUUAAAACUAAUGAUAAAAACCAUUAAAAUACCACCCCUUUUUUUAAAGAUACAAGUUUUUAAAUUUGCUUUGAAUAAAACAGUUGUAAAGUCAC